AUGGCCGACAGAGACGAUAGAUUGUGUCUUGAACGUGUUUCACAGCAUGCAUAUGUGAGAUGCAAGCAGAGUCAGACCACCGUUAUCCAAGCCAAUACAGCCGAGGCACAACCUACUGGACAUUCUUCUUCAUCACAUAUCCAGGACACUGCCUCGACCUUGUAUCCUACCCCAUCAUCGACUUCUUCAUCCCGGAGGCGUCAGAAUUCAGUUGAGGACUCAUCACAGACCCCGUCAUCCUGCAGGCCUCGUCGGGAUACUCUUGUUCCUCAUUCUUCUGAUGGUGUUGCUCCGGUUCCACCUCCAGAGGCUGAUGACCCCCCAGCGGAGAAUGUUGGUUACGACAACGAUGAUGAGCCAGAGGGUUUCAACGGCGGUCCCUCAGAUACGUCCCUGUUGACAGGGUAUGCUGAUCAUACUGCCAGACAUGUCUGGGAUGGAGAGACUCGUGAGCCGCAGAAGUUCUACAACCAUGGGCGGAAGAUAUUAUCUUUGGAGCAGCCACAUGAGGCUUGGUUCCAGGAUGUCCUUGUCGUCUCUGGUUUGAAGGACCUUUGUGAUAUCGGUUACAACCUUAUUCAUAACGGGAUUCUGAUGGGAUUUGCGGAGAGAUGGCACCCUGAGACAUUCUCCUUCCAUCUACCGCAUAACGAACUAACUAUUACACUGGACGACAUCUCCUAUCUGUUGCAUAUACCGAUCAAGGGUACCCUCCUCCGUGAGGAAGGAGGAGACAAGAGAGAUGUUGAUCGAUGA